CAGUGGGGAGAGCAGUAACUUCAUCAACUCAGUGUCUUCUGAAACCAUUUCCGAGAUGCGAGUGGAGCGGAUGACUGUAGUGGUUGUGGUGGGCGGCGUCACAACGGUGCUCUUGUACCUUUCCCUCUUCAUGACCUAUGAUGAUAAAAGGUUUUCCACACGAACGGGUAUUCAAGAAGCUGACAGCAGAGAUGUUGCUAGUAUCAAGUUACCAUGUGCUGGAUCUCACGACUUUAAUGUGUCUGGUGACUCUGAGGUGACGCGACGGUUGGUAGAGACAAACUUGAGGGACGCCUGGUUCUUCUUCUCCGACCAUAUGAAAGAUCUACAGUCCAGGAAGCAGAAUAUGAGCAAGUCUGAUUUUCAAGCCGUCAUGAAGGAAGGCGCCGAACGCAUCAAGGUACUUCAGUUCGACCUGUGGGUGCUAGGUCAGUUAGACGGUGAAGCCAGCAGGAAAGAGCAAGAGGCCAAAGAGCUGAGUGAUCUGAUGCAGAAUCGGCUCCAUCGUCUGCAGAAUCCUGAAAACUGUGCCACAGCAAAGAAGCUACUUUGUAAUUUGAAUAGGAACUGCGGUUUCGGUUGUGAAAUUCACCACGUUAUUUACUGCUUUAUGGCAGCCUAUGGCACCCAUCGAACUUUAAUCCUCAAAUCUGAUGGUUGGCGUUACACCUCUAUAGGUUGGAAAGCCGUCUUCCUUCCUUUAAGCAACACAUGCACCACCGUCUCGAAUAAAGAUGUUGUUAAGUGGCCAGGAAACAAUAACACGCAGACGGUAGAGUUUCCAAUGCCCAAAGAGCCACAACCAAAACCACAACACAUGCCUCUGGCCAUCCCGAGAGACAUCUCUGAGAGACUGAUACAUCUACAUGGUAACCCAGGCGCUUGGUGGCUCGGCCAGUUCCUCAAGUACAUGUUCAGACUUCAGCCGUACAUGCAAAAGCUUAUUAAAGAGAGCGAAAAAUCCUUUCAUUAUCGGCAUCCCAUUGUUGGCGUUCACGUGAGAAGGACUGAUAAGAUAAAGGAAGCAAAGUAUUACCAACUGGAGGAGUACAUGGAGCAGGUCGAGGAAUACUUCGCUGGUCUUCAAGUGUUCAACCCUAACGUGACCCGCAGGAUCUACCUGGCCUCGGACGAGCCUCGAGUCUUCAAGGAGGCAAAGAAAAAAUAUCCACAGUACGAAAUUCUGUCCAAUAAAAAGAGUCAAGUGAUGAAAAAGAACAAGCGGUACAAAAUAAAUUCGCUCAGAGACCUAAUAAUGGACAUCUACUUCUUGUCUCGAGCCGACUACAUCGUUGUGACAUUUUCCUCCAAUAUAGGAAGGCUGGUGUACGAGAUCAUGCAGAGCCUGUCUGUCGACGCCUCUAACUGUUUCUACUCCCUGGACACCACCUACUACUUCCACUUUCAGCGACCCAACUUCGUGAAAACUCGCUUCUUCCAUCAGCCUGACAGCGGGGCACCCGUACAACCAGGAGAGAAAUUGCAGUUGCUCUCAUGGAGCAGUAACUUCCGCAAAGAACUCAGCAGGAAGACGGAGAAGAAGGUGGUAUUGCCUAACUACAAGCUGGAACCUAUAGUCGAUGUUGUCAACGUGUCGUCCUACGAAUUUCGACAACAGCCGGGGACCUAGUCUCCACCAACUGCUACGUGUUUUAUCAUGGCCCUCCAACACCUGUCCUCCAGCGCCCGUCAUUCAACAUUUGUCCUCUACCAACUGCUCUACACUAUCCGCCAUACAACACCCGUCUUCCCACGGUAUUAAUAGUUAAUCAUGAUUUUAAAUGUACCGAACAUAUAUGACCUGAGACCUGUAUGUGAGUCAGGUUUCACCGCAUCUGUCGACGCAUUUUCGUGUGCAAACAGGUACCUGUGCCAAACUUCUUUUAAUAUAAAAAUAAUGAAAUCUCGCUCCUUUGGCAAACUGGAUGUGCGUGUGAGUGUACUUACCUAUAUGAGGGUGCACGGGUCGAUGCACAGCUUCUGGCUCCUAAGAGUGUGUGUAUGUAGUUAUUAGUUGUCAAAGACACUUGUCGAUAUAUACUCGGCCUGGUAGUGGUGGUGGUGGUGUUGGUAGUGUGUGUGUGUGUGUACUUAUAAGGUUCGUCAGGAAAAAGGACAAGUGUUUCCUGACGCUGGUCUUACUUAUAUGAUGACCAGCAGCUGGAGCUUUUGGUCAUCUGGCUGAGGCCUUCCUCUGGCUUAUCGGUCCACCCUUUUAAAAAUAAUGGUUAUGAUUUGAACCAUUUAUCUACUAUCAGUGGUGAGUUUCUCUCCGUAUUUAUAAAUUAAUAAUUGCUUGUUAGGAACUUUGCAUAAUUGGAGAACCUCUUUCUACCACAGUGCUUUUUUGUAUUAAAAAAAUAAAUUUUAAUUUAAAAACGUU